UGGACUGCGUCCAAUUCUUCUCCAGCUGCAAUGGGUUGCAGUGGGCCUUCGAUUUGGGCUUCCAAGGAAAGUUCUCCAGGGAGGAUGACCGCUUCUUUCUCCACCUCUUCAUGCUCCAGCCAAUGCCCAACGGACGCUCGCUCAGUGUGGACAAGUGUGUGAUGAAGGGGGCGGAGAAAGCGACAGAGCUGGUGGAAGAAAAUGGAGAUCAGCAUCCUGCCUUUCUUUCCAUCCUCCUUCUCUUUUUCCUUUCGCUCUUUGGAAACGCUGGGUUGCUUGCCUGCUGCUGGAGCUACAGGAAGAGAUACUUUGAGACGAAGAUAGCACGACAUUAUGAUAUCUUCCAAGGAUAGGCCUGCGGCCUGCCGGGGCAGCUGUGGCAGCCACUGGCCCCGGCCGGAUGCGGACUCCCAACGCGUUCCGAGGCUUCCGAACUUGAAGUUCCAAACUUGUUCCGAAGUUCCUAGGCAGCAGCCGGCCAAUCAGUAUGCGGCGGCGGUACAGCAGAGGCAGGCUAGCAGAGGCCUACAGUAAGUUGCUGCGGCGGCGGCCCGGCGGUGCGGCGCCCGGCGGCCCGGCCGGGAUGAUCGCUCGGCGGCCCGGUCACUGUUACGAGUCACUGAAAGUGAACUUGUUAACUAGUUUGGGGGACAGCAUUCGGCAGUAUGAGGGUUGGUUCUCGCUGUCUUUUCUCAGGCUUCUCGCCGCCGUCACGACCAUGGCCUGUGGCCCCGCCGCCGUAUUUUAACUUUGAGUAAAAGGCUGCAGUACUUCCGU